AUGGAGGAAAAAUACAAUCUUCUUUCCCUAGAUGGAGGCGGUGUUCGCGGCCUGUCGUCUUUGUUGAUUCUUCAGCACCUUAUGCGACAAAUCGAUCGAGACAAGCCCCCGAAACCAUGCGAGGUAUUCCACUUGAUUGGCGGCACAAGUACUGGAGGAUUGAUCGCGAUCAUGCUAGGUCGGCUCCAUAUGUCCGUCGACGAAUGCAUCGAUGCCUAUCUCCGUUUGUCGGCGCGCAUCUUUCAGAACAGGGGCAACGGAUUAGUCAAUAUUGCGAAGUUGGGCCUGAACAUUCCAAGAUUCGAUGCCGCGGAGCUGGAGUCCGCUAUUAAGGAUGUCAUCGCCGGUUGCGGGUAUGACGAAGAUGUGUUGCUUAAGGAUUCUCCGGGAGCCGGCUGCAAGGUAUCCGUUUGCGCUGUGCGGGAUGAGAACCACGGACAUGCCGUCCUAUCCAGUUAUCCACCGACGAGGGGACUCAGGAACCUGUAUGACGAGACGAAGAUAUGGGAGGCUUGCCGCGCUACAUCAGCAGCUUCAACUUUCUUCGAACCAGUCACCAUCGGUCGCUUCAAGGAGAGGUUUGUCGACGGUGGCUUGGGUGCGAACAACCCAGUCCAGGAGGUCUGGCUCGAGGCCAUGGAGCUCUUUAGCCAAGGAGUCGAAAGAUUUGAGGAUAGAAUUGGAUGCUUCGUGUCUAUUGGCACAGGCGUCCCUUACAACCGUCAGAUCAGUGCGAACGCCGUAAGCCUUUUCAAGGCUCUCGCAUACAUUUCAACGGAUACGGAGCAAACGGCGGCGAGGUUCGAGAGGGAGAGGCGGCGCCUCCAGCGAGAUCAUCGCUACUUUCGGUGGAACGUUAAUUUACCGGCAAUGAGUGAGAUCGGGCUGGAGGAAGAGGAUCGUUUGCAUGAGAUAGCCGCGGCGACGGGUGAGUACUUUGGGCGCACAGCGCUCAAUGAUGAGGUCUCCAGGUGCGUAGACCAGCUUUGGAAUGAGAGACGUAAGCCGAAUCCCCACCCCUCCGAUAGAAUUGUAAUAACUAAUCAUGCCCACCUCGCUAAGUGGUGGGAGAUUCUCCGUCCCGCCGUGUGCGACAACUAUGCGGCGAAUUCGCCCAGGCGAAAACCAAGUUUACGCUCGCAAAGAAAACAAUCGAGCGAUUCUUUCGGCAACAUGUCACACCCCAAGGCGCAUCUUCUCAAGAUCGAGGUGACAUAGAGAAGGCGAUGAAAGAGGUUGACGCUGGAA